UUUAGGUUCCGUGUCAGUUACUAGAUCUCGCUGUAUCCUCUGUUUCUCUCUGGCUCGUACUAUUAAACGCGGAUUAUUAUACAACAAUAACUCCAUCCUUUUUUCUUUAGUGGAAUAUACAGAGUCUCAUCUGAUCACCUCCGUUCUCCUUUUCACUUUUUUUUUUUUCAAUGAGAUCUUCCACACGAUCUGAAGUUCCCAACUUUGGCGGUGCUGGAUUUUAGCUAAUUCUUCGUACCCACCAACAAAAUGUCAAAAACGGAAACUACAACAGCAAGGGAAAAAAUGGGUAGUGUUUGGUUACUGAAGUGGGUUUUGUUUUUGGGCCUUUUGGGAUCUUUUGUUGAUGGAAUUGGUGUCAAUUGGGGUACAAUGGCGACUCACAAACUGCCACCGAAGACGGUGGUGCAAAUGUUGAAGGACAAUGGGAUCCAAAAGGUGAAGCUAUUUGACGCAGACCAGAACACCAUGAGUGCUCUUGCUGGGUCUGGCAUUGAGGUCAUGGUGGCCAUCCCCAAUGAUCAGCUUUCUGCCAUGAAUGACUAUGAUCGUGCCAAAGACUGGGUCAAGAGGAAUGUCACUCGCUACAACUUCAAUGGAGGAGUUAAUAUCAAGUAUGUAGCGGUUGGAAAUGAGCCUUUCCUCAAAUCCUACAAUGGCUCAUUCAUAAAUACCACCUUCCCAGCAUUGCAGAACAUCCAAAAUGCUCUCAAUGAAGCUGGGGUUGGAGACUCGGUUAAGGCCACUGUGCCAUUAAAUGCCGAUGUGUAUGCUUCGCCAGAUAACAAUAAUUAUCCGUCCUUUGGGAGAUUCCGAAGUGAUAUUAAUGAUCUCAUGACCCAGAUUGUUCAGUUUAUGGAUAAGAACAAUGCACCUUUCACAGUAAACAUUUACCCUUUCUUAAGUCUCUAUGGGAACGAUGACUUCCCUUUUAACUAUGCAUUCUUUGAUGGGGCCACACCCAUUGUAGAUUCUGGGACUGGGAUUCAGUACGCCAAUGUUUUUGAUGCCAACUUUGACACCUUGGUUUCGUCUCUGAAAGCAGCGGGCUAUGGAAACAUAAACAUUUUGGUAGGAGAGGUGGGUUGGCCAACAGACGGGGACAAGAAUGGCAAUGUUGGUAAUGCGAUUAGAUUCUACAAUGGGCUUUUACCAAGACUUGCAGGAAACGUAGGAACCCCACUUCGGCCUGGACAUAUUGAAGUCUACCUGUUCAGUCUGCUCGACGAAGAUGCAAAAAGUAUUGCUCCAGGAAAUUUUGAGCGCCACUGGGGAAUUUUUGGGUUCGAUGGGCAGCCUAAAUUCCCGAUUGAUUUGUCUGGCCAGAAUCAGAACAAGUUUCUUGUUGGCGCACAGAAUGUGCAAUAUCUUGCUCCAAAAUGGUGUGUAUUUAAUCCUAAUGCCAAGGACUUGAGCAAACUUGCAGAUAACAUAAACUACGCCUGCACAUUUUCAGAUUGCACAGCACUUGGAUAUGGUUCGUCUUGUAACAACUUGGACGCUAAUGGGAAUGCCUCAUAUGCAUUCAAUAUGUACUACCAAGUACAGAAUCAGGACGACUACUCCUGCAAUUUUCAAGGUUUGGCCAUGGUUACAACACAGAAUGCAUCACAAGGAACCUGCAAUUUCAUAAUUCAGAUCCAUUCGUCUUCUUCUUCUACAGGUCCUACUCUCAUUUGUCUGGUACUUGUUAUAGCAUCAACAUUUCUACUGCUAUAGAUUUAUGCUUGUAGAAAACUCCUGUGCUCUUAAUUUAUUUUCUUAUCUUGUUAGCUUCAUCCAUUGCGGCAUUUGAUUCACUUCUGAUUCAUUCAAUAAAGUUUAGAUGAGUUGCUUGAUUUUUCA